AUGCCGGGCCGAAGACGCCUAAAAGCUCGCCCCUUGGCUAUUCAAUUCUUUGUGUUAUAUAGUCGAAUGAUAUUUUUGCUUCUUGAUUGUCAUCUGAUGGACCGAGGACUGAGGACCUUCUCAGAUUCAGGACAGCCUCGCGACCUUAAUUGUUUUUGUAGACAGUAG